AUGAUUACGAGGAGUCAAAGACGUGCAGCGGAGUCAACCAACAACGCACGCCCACCACCCCCGCCCGCCUCGUCCAGUUCCUCGUCCACACCAUCGUCAGGCGACGAGUUCGCAACGGCGCCUGACACAGACGGGUCCAGUGAUGAGAGCGGGCCGCCGCCGCCGCCGCCGCCACGACCACCUGCGCGACGAUGGCGGCCACCGCUGCCGGCACGCUUGGGGCCUGCGGGACAUCCUGCCCCGCCCACGGCUCCCGCUGCCGGUGGUAUAGUGCGACGCAUGCGAUGGACUCGAGAAAUGAACGAGAAUGUCAUGCGCGCCUAUUAUGGGGCUACAGAGGGGGGAACACAGCUAUCCGCCUAUCGUUCAAGAAUACUGCCUCUGUUUCAGGCUCUUGAACCUACCAUCACCGUGUCGGAGCAGCGAUUAUCGGAUCAGGUGCGCGUCAUUCAAAGGCUAAAGCGCCUGGAUGACGCGACACUUGAUCGGCUUCGCCAGGAGGCUCUCUCUGCUCGCGCGGACUCCACCUCGGUGCGAGAUCUGCCCGCCAUGUCGCCGGAUCCGGUGCCCGCACCCGACCUGGCACCGGGGGCGCCACAGGUUGAUGUUUGCACCGAUGAGGGGGAUUUCGCGAGUCAGAAUGUGAGUACAACUGCUAAUGAGCAACUGAGGAGGACUUUGGAAGAGGCGAUUACGCAGUAUCGUGCCACAACCAACUCUAGACCCCGAUUACCACGUCUGCCUAUGAAUAGACGCAAUCUAGCGCUAAUGGGAGCCCUAAACGCUUUACUAGAGCCACAUUUACGGACUAGUAAAGAUUUAGAUGAUACGCACUCAAUCAUGUACUGCGGAGCCAUCGCGGCGUGCCGUGUUGCUCGAGUCAAGUUUCCGGACGCUGAACGUGCACCUAGGACCGUCGGAGGUGUCCCUGCAUGGCAAACGCGGAUUGAGCGACGUAUCAGCUCGUUUAGGACUCUCAUCGCAAAGCUGAUCUGCUUCAGGGGGGGCAACAAUCGCCCCCGAGUAAUGCGCUUUGUGAACCAGGCAGCGCAUCGACUUUCUAAAGCAGAAAGUCUAUGCAUGGGCAAACCGUAUUCGCCGCUACAGAGAGCGUGUGGAUCGAUUCCAGCAGAAUCGCCGUUUUCAAAGUGACCAAAGGAAGGUAUACCGAAAGUGGGAGGAAACCAACCUUCGUGCGUCCGACACGCAGCCACCGGAUGCUACUGCCAUGACUGACUUCUGGCGUAGCAUCUGGUCGGUGCCUGUCGGACA